UAUUCUUUCCGUAGUUUAGUUAGUCUCUUGUUUACUCAUGUCGAAAUGUGUCUCAGCUUCUCCUACCUCCCAAGCAUUCAUAUUUACCCUCACGUAUAUAUUGAAUCCGAUAUUCUAUGGUAUAUUCCAGAAACAAUAAUCAAUCAUAGAUGUCUACUUUUAUAGCAAAGAGUCUCGGGUCCAUUGUCUCUAUUGUAGCAAGAUUUUUCUCUUUCCGACGCCGUCCUAAGUCUAAUACAAGACCCACCACACAUAUCAGCUACUUCAGGAUGUCUAAGAAGCGCCCACUUUCUUUGCAGACGGUUGAUCUCAAGGUCAGGAUGUGUUGCACUGGUUGUGUCAGGAUCGUUAGGAAGGCAAUCUCAAAACUCCGGGGAGUUGAUUCAGUAGAGGUGGAGAGAGAGAUGGGAAGAGUGAGAGUGGUGGGAUACGUCGACAGAAACAAAGUGCUCAAAGCCGUGAGACGAGCCGGGAAGAGAGCUGAGUUUUGGCCAUACCCUGAGCCUCCACUUUACUUCACAUCUACUCAAAACUAUUUUGUUGAUCCCUCAAAAGAGUUUAAAGAGAGUUAUAACUAUUACAGACAUGGUUACAAUGGUACGGAACAACAUGGUAAUAUCCCUGUAGGUAGUCGUGGAGACGACAGGGUUAGUAAUAUGUUUAAUGACGAUAACGUCAAUGCAUGCAGUGUCAUGUAGCUGCUUAAAAACGACUGAAAACUUGACGCAAAACUAAAUACUAAUAGAAUAAAA